CCGUCUUGGCUGGGAUCUACCGCGAGUUGUGUACUUGCUCGAGGUUGGGAGCGAAACAAGCUGGUGGUGCGAUGUUCAUACUUCAACUCUGGGCAUGGGAGCAUCUUCCGUUUCUCGCACCUCAAGACCCUCGGGAAUUCUGGUUGCCAGAUGAUGAGCUACGAUUUGUAGCAAAUCCCCCAUAUGGUUUCAAAAGGGAAACCCGUCAAUGCAUGGCUUGAAUGUCCAGAACAGACGAUGAAACAUCAACUCGUUCUGUACUCGAACUUGAUCUUCAGUUUCUACGUUGUUGUACCAAGGCACGAAAACCGUCCCAGG